AUGGCCCUGGGCUCCAGUGCGCUCGACCGCUAUUUCUUUUACACGCGCCCCACAGCUAUACAAUAUCACCCUUGGAUACCUCACCCCAUUGACCUGGCCGCCAUGGCCAAGUCGACGCGUUAUUCCGGCCAGGACGAAAAUCUUCAAAUCUUCCACGACGACAUGUUCGAGAUCGCACGUCCCAUGACCAGCCACGCUCCCAUGCCAUCCGUCACCCGUCCGCCACGCCGGCCCCUCAGUGCUUCCAGCUCCAACGUCAUUCUCGACCCGCCUUCCACGGCCUUGUCCGGCUACUCGCCCUACAAGACGAAAUCGUCAUCCCCUCGCUCUCCUCUCAAGUCCUCCCAAGGCGCCAGACUCAACAUGGUCUCCAUGGCCCCUCCAAUGGCAAAACGCCACACCACCGACAACCUUCAAAAGCGACCCCAGCUCUCCAAGUUUAAGACAGGCCCCCAAAAACCUACCUUUGACCUUAACUUUGGCAAGGAGAAUGUCCAUCCUCACAUCUAUCCCGCCCCUCCCCCAAUUACCAUUUCCAUGGAGAAUUACUACCACCAGCAAAGACCCAACGCCAACGGCAAGCGUGGCCUGAUGGAUGCCGCCCCGAUCCGAGACGCCCGCGUCAAGAAGCCAAAGAUGGACGACAACGCCUUACCGCCUCACGACUCCUUUCCUCCCCUCUCCGACGACGGCACUAAGCCUCCCCAUAGCUACGCCCAGCUCAUCGGCAUGGCCAUUCUCCGAUCACCCAUGCGUCGUCUCACCCUCGCUCAGAUUUACAAGUGGAUCAGCGACAACUACUCGUUUUACAACCCCAACGACGCUGGCUGGCAAAACAGCAUCCGCCAUAACCUGAGCCUGCACAAGAACUUUAUCAAGAUUGAACGACCCAAGGACGACCCCGGCAAGGGCAACUACUGGGGCAUUGAGCCAGGAACCGAACACCAAUUCCUCAAGGAGAAGCCUCCCCGAAAGUCGGCACCCUCUGCAGAAAAUCUUCCCGUCAUGUCGACACGUCUGGAGCCUUCUAUGCACACCACCCCGAAUCUGAGUUUCCACGAGCCCACUCUGCCACCCCAGGGCGUUCGUCGCCAGUCUGCUCUGCCACCACUGCCUACCUCGCAGGCCACCUUGUCGAUGCCCGCCGAGGUUUCCUCCGACGCCACGAUUCCCGUCUCUGACUCGGCGGCUCCCGAAGACGUUGCCGACCGCCACGACAACGAUCUACCUCACGACGCCAUGUACUCGCCACUGCCUGCUACCAUGCACUCGUCGCCACCUGUGCCUCGACACGGCGAGCGAACCGGUACCCCGCCUCCCAUGACAGGCCAGCCCGCCUCAUCCAUCACUCGCUCCCACAAGCGCAAGUUUGCCUCGAUGGAUGACAGUGGCUACAUUUCUUCCCUCGAAUCUUCUGCCAUGCGUCCCAACCAAAAGGCUAUGCUCCUAACCUCAGAAGCUGACCGUCCACGUAUUAAGCGUGGCCGUGCCGAGGAGGAGAUUGCCCGCCUGCGCCACUCGUCCCCCUUUAGCCCGACCAAGUCUCGUUCUCUGUCCGUCUACGGCCCCGUCUCUUCAUCUCCCUUGAGACAGGCUGGCGAGGGGCAUGCUCUGCUGCCCCUUACCCCCAUGGUCAAGAUGAAGCCUCCCGCGCGCCCCCCGCCCUCGGCCUCUCCUAAUACCAAUUUGAGGAUUCAUCGCGACAAGGUCCGCCACAUGCUCCAGUCCCCUCUUCGCCGCGUCAUAGGCGUGACCGAAGAGGCUCUGCCCUGGAGUCCGGCAUUCAAUCUCGACGAAACUCUUUACGCCUUUGAUGACCUUCCCAAUAACGUCGCCGAUUUCGACAUUUUCCAAGACAUUGCUAGCCUAGACGAAAAUAGCUUUCCCGUCAUCGGCUCCGCGGAUUCUGGCUCUCCAGUUAAACGGUCUGCCAAGCGCGCCCGCCUGGACCGAUCGCUUUCUUCGUCUGGUAUCGAACAACUGACGGGCUCGAUCAAAAAGUCGAUUACUUCUGCUCCUCUGCUCCGCGUUCCUGAGCACUCGCCUCUGCAUUUCCUCGACACCCCUAGCAAGGUUUUUGAGGGGAUGAGCUCUCCUUCCAAGAUGUUGCUCGAGUCUCCCACGCGUGCGUCGCCCAGUAAAUUCUCCACUGCCAUGCUGGAAAUGUCUGCCGACGACUCGUGGCCGUCGCUGGUCCUGGAUCCCAGCCAGUUCGCUUCGGGCAAUGAGAAUACAGAAUUCAGUGGCCUUGAUAUUCUGCAAGGCUUCCAAAAGAUUGGUGCGGGCUCUCAACCGUCCAAGUCGACGCGCCCUACCAAGCCCGCUUUUGGACGCAGCUACUCGACGGCGUUUUAA